AUGGAAGCCCAGCGCCCCCGGCCUGGGCGGGGACCCUUCGGGAGGGGAGGGAGUGAGGACACAGGAGCGGCCAGCCUUGCGUCCACUGUGGAGGGACCGGCCUCAGAGCGCAGCUUCCCUGGGGCUGUGCAGGGGGCUGCCCUGGCGCCCUUGCCGGGAGCAGGUUUCCCCGAGAACCAGGAGGACCUGGGCCAGCAAGGGUGCCCACGGGAUCCAGAGGCCUCUCUGAGGCUCCCCCCGGGGGCCAGCGGGUCGGGUCGGGUCGGGCACUGGGUGAAUGAGUGUGAGCUCACUGUGACCGCGCCAACAGCGGGAGGCACCUCGGGGCGGGGCUGGCCGGGCGGGCCGGGCCCCAGGUCGGUCCAAGCGGAAUCUGCCCUGCAGCUGCGCCCGGGCACGUCCGCAGAGAGCCCGUCCCAGGUCUCCGGGGCGCACACGCCCGAGCGGCCGGGCCUUAUCAGGGCGGGCGACAGAUCAGAUCGGCUCGCAGGGAAGACUGAGCCGCAGCACCGGGCGCGGGAGCGGCCCGGCCGAGGCCCGGACCCCGCGCGCGAGAAGGGCGCCGCCGUGACCGCCGACGCAGCAGGUGAUUCCCUGAACACCCAGAAUGAGCCGGAAGAGACUGUGAAAAAGAAGAAGUCGGAAGCCCUGAAUAUCAGAGGCGUCCUCCUGCACGUGAUGGGUGACGCCCUGGGCUCCGUGAUCGUGGUCGUCACGGCCGUCAUAUUCUACGUGCUUCCUCUGACGAGCGAGGAGCCGUGUAACUGGCAGUGCUACAUCGACCCCAGCCUGACCGUCGUCAUGGUCAUCAUCAUCCUGUCCUCCGCCUUCCCGCUCCUCAAGGAGACGGCCACCAUCCUGCUGCAGAUGGUGCCCCCGGGCGUCAACAUGGAGGAGCUGGUGAGCAAACUCUCCACCGUGCCUGGGGUCAGCGGUGUGCAUGAACUCCACGUGUGGGAGCUUGUGAGCGGGAAGAUCAUCGCCACCCUGCACAUCAAGCUCCAGGAGGACAGAGCGCGGGAGGAGGCCAGCAAGAAGGUCCGGGAGAUCUUCCACCACGCCGGCGUCCACAGUGUGACCAUCCAGUUCGAGAGCGUGGACUCGCGGGAGUCCUCGGAGCACGAGGACUUCCUGCUGGUGUGCAGCAGCCCCUGCGUGUCCCAGGCCUGCGCGGACAAGCUGUGCUGUCCCCCUGGGGCUCUGCCCCUGGCCCAUGUCAACGGCUGUGCGGAGCACAAUGGGGGCCUAACUCUGGAGAGCUACCGGAGCAGGAGGGACCCGGCGGACGUGGCCAUCGAGGUGCCCGGGGACGGCUGUCUCGGCAGUGACCAUGCGGAAGCCCCUCCCAAGGCCCAGGAGGACCAGCGCUGUGAAAACAGCACGCAUUUCUAGCGUGGGGUCCACGGCUCAGACUGUGAGCGAGGGCUGUGGGGUCAGCAGUGUGGCUCUGUGAACCAUGGGCUCCGCAUGCGUCAGCGUGUGCUGGCUGCGUGCAGGAGAGGUCAGGGCCUGGGGUCGGCGGAACACAUCGCUGGUUUUGAGGUUCCGCUCACCCUUCCUGUGGCCUGUGCAUUUUCUAAAGAACUGCACUAGGGCAUCCACCGGGGUGUGCAGGCUGGGACUCCGGGACUGCGACACACGAUUCCCUGCCGUUCCUGCUUUCUGAUCUCUGCGGUGCUGGGGAGGGGAUCCAGGGUGAGCUCCCAGGUGAAAGCUCAGCAGCCAGCCACUUGUUUGCAGACUGAGUGCCGCAUCCGGCUGACUCAGGGGAGUUCUGCCUGAGGUCGUAGGAACAAGCAGCGGAAGGACAGAGCAGCUUGUCUUUCUCACUCUCCUGGAAGAUCAGAAAAGAGGGCAGUUAGUUUGGGCACCGCAGAAGGAUCUUUGGUGCAUUUUGUGGUGAAGGUAAAGGACUGGCUACUCCGGUAGGGACUGUCUGCCCGGGGGAGGCGGGUGCCGUGUCAGAGAGCGGGAGAGAAGGCCCCCCGCCUUCCGCUGGUCACCGAAUGGUAGCGUCUCCACGUGCAGCAUGUUCUCUCCACUUGGAAGUGGGCAACAUUUCCGCUUUUUAAAUUAUGAUCCAAGUACCUAUUUGCUGUCUUCUAAAAUCUCCAGCUGGCCGUGUCCUUUUCCCCUUGAUGGUGAUCUUCCUGUCUGUCCCGGGGGUCCUGGGUCUCCUUCUAUACGAUCACAUUGAUCUGUGCAGCAUUUGCCAGGGGGAAAUGAGCACUUGUGACUUCGAGAGGCCGUUCCUGCCCAAUAAACCAGCUCGACUGCCUUGUGCUUAA